GAGUUCAAGGUUGACUGCAGCUGCGUAGUGAAGGUGUGAUCAAGAAAUCCAAACAUCGCGCUGUGAAUGGACACGAGUCAGGAUUUCUGAAGACUGGCAGGAUGUUUCGCGGUUUCUUUGUAAAGACGAUUAGCUUUGUCGGUUACACCGUUCAGUAUGGCUGCAUCGCUCACUGUGCCUUUGAGUAUAUUGGCGAAUUUGUGUCGUGUUCAGGACCUUCCAUGGAACCCACCAUCACUAACCACGACGUGGUUUUCUCAGAACGAGCAAGCCGUCACCUCUGUCGAAUACAAAAAGGGGAUAUCGUAAUAGCCAAAAGUCCUUUUGAUCCAAAGAUGAACAUUUGUAAACGAGUGAUGGGGCUGGAGGGGGACAAAGUCUGCACUAGUGGACCAUCAGACAUCUUUAAAACACACACUUACGUUCCAAGAGGCCAUGUGUGGCUGGAAGGCGAUAACCUUCGGAAUUCCACAGAUUCCCGAAGCUAUGGUCCAAUUCCCUAUGCCUUGAUCCGAGGCCGUGUUUGCUUAAAGAUGUGGCCACCACACAAUUUUGGCGUAUUGGCUGAAAGUCCUAACGACGGGCGCAUUUUAUGAAGAAGCUGUGUGCAUGUAUUGCAGUGU